AAUGUCUCUCUCAGACUUCAAAAUACAUAACAAAUUAGGCGAAGGCGCGUACAGUAAUGUCUACAUGGUGGAAAGAAAGCAAGAUGGACAGAAAUACGCACUGAAAUAAGGUCAGACUUACACAUUUAUCUGAAAAAGAGAAAGAAAAUGCCCUUAACGAGGUUAGAAUUCUUGCUUCGAUAAAUAACAAAUAUGUAAUUUCUUACAAGCAAGGCUUCUUUGAUGAAGCCUCUCAGAGUCUUUGCAUUAUCAUGGAAUACGCUGAUAAUGGAGAUUUGUUCCAAUAAAGAUUAGAAAGUACCAGAAGUUUAAGAAAUAUAUUGGAGAAGAACAG